AUGGCCCAUGACGACAACCAGAAAUCGCACAAUGGCCUCAAGUCGUUCAUAUCGGGUGCUGCCGGCGGCGUAACGAUGGUCGCGGCCAGCCAUCCCUUUGAUCUCGUAAAGGUUCGCAUGCAGCUGAAAUCAGACGCAGCAUCGUCAUCAGCCCUCUCGGUCGCCCGAUCCAUCGUCAAAAGUGACGGCCUCAUCGGCCUCUAUCGAGGCGCCGUGCCUGUGCUCUAUGGUACUCCGCCCGUCCUGGCACUCUGUUUCUGGGGAUACUAUGUCGGUCAAGUUGCGAUGCUCCAGCUGCUUGGUCCCCAGCGACAUGCCUCCACCAGCAGCACCAACACCAACGCGGAGCUGUUGGAUUCUCUUUCGCUGACACAAAUCGGAAUCGCCGGAUCGAUCGCAGCGGUGCCAACCUCGUUGCUUUUGGGCCCGGCGGAACGCAUCAAGAUCCUGCUACAGAUGCAAGAGAGCCGGCUGUCACGGACAGAGAACAUUGCUGCCGAAACCCAAACCCGAUCUAUGAACAAUUUGAUCAGGCAGCUCUACCAGAAUGGCGGCAUUCGAACGUUCUUCCGCGGUACCGGCAUGACUCUACUGCGGGAUGUGCCCGGUAACUUUGUGUAUUUCGCUGCAUACGAAGGCAUCAAGCGCAUGUUCGAGUCAUACACCCACACAGAUUCGACCAAGGGCAAGGUCAAUCCGGGCAUUGUGUUGCUUGCUGGAGGUCUGGCUGGCAUGGCGUGCUGGACGGCCAUCUUUCCGGUCGAUGUGCUCAAGUCUCAGAUCCAGUUGCAUGGGACCCUGACCAAAGGACCGCUGAAUCUUCGCCAGGCGGUGCAGACCUAUGGCAUCUCCUUCAAAGGCCUGGGGCCGACGCUGCUCCGGGCGUUUCCUGCCAGCGCAUCCAUGUUCCUCGGCGUUGAGCUGUGCAAUGCCCUCCUGGACAAACUAUUUUAG